AUGGACUCAAACGGCGGUUAUACUGAUCAUGAUCUAUCAAACGAGCAAAAGCAAAUGCCUGCAGAACAGCAACCAAGUGAUCAUGGAAUGUCCUCGACGUUUGGCUGGGGAAAAUUUAGACCAAGGUGUUUAAAUUUUUUAGCCGAUUCAAAAUGCUUCCUUGUUGUUAUCAUGUUAUACACCAUAGGCGCAGGUGUAUCGAUGAACGGUUUGCCUGUCCUAAUCUUACCAAGUAUUGAAAAGAGAUUCAGUUUAUCGAGUAAAGAACUGGGGAUGAUUUCGGCUGCCAAUGACAUCGCCGCCCUUCUCUUCGUUGCUUUUAUCAGUUUUUAUGGUGACUAUGGCAACAAGAUCAAGUGGGUUGGAGGAGGAGCAUGUGUUGCAGGUUUCGGAGUACUUUUAUUCACUCUCCCUCAUCUCAUCAUUGGACCAUAUAACGUUCCUGAUUUUCAAGGAAGUAAAUCUGGAAUGUGUUUAUUGAGCAACAAAACGUCUUUAUCGGAGUCUUGUGACCAGAAUAGUGGUGAAGCGAUGUGGUACUAUAUGUUGAUAUUCCUUAUCGCACAAUUUAUCCAUGGUGCUGGUAUCUGUCCAUUGUAUUCGCUGGUCCCUUCUUAUUUGGAUGAGAAUGUUGAACUAAAACAAAUGCCUGUGUAUCUUGGUCUUUGGUAUCUCUGCGCAUUCAUUGGACCAGGAAUUGGAAUAUUUCUAGGCGGGCAAUUUCUCAGCAUCUAUGUUGACGUCAAACAGCCAAGUGGAUCAAAUCUCACGCCAAAGGAUCAUCGCUGGAUAGGAGCGUGGUGGUUGGGAUUCAUUGUCUUUGGUUUACUAUUUCUUCUUCUGGCAAUAAUUAUAUCCGGUUUUCCCAUCUCGUUACCUGGAGCAAGGGAAAGACGCGAAAGACACAUACGGGAAGGGAAUUUGCAGAAAAAGGGCGGUAAAAAGGAAGCAAAGUUUAAAGAAUUAAUUCCUGAGCUGAAGUCUCUAAUUUUAAAUCGGACAUUCCUUUUUAAUUCUUUCGGAUUAUGUUUUGCGGCCACUUUCGUCACCGCUUUAACUCCAUUUUUGGGGAAAAUAAUGCAGCUAAAGUUUGACUUAGAUCCAGUGACCAAUGGAUAUCUGAUAUCAGCGAUUCUCACGCCGACAACAGUGGCAAUCUCACAGAUAUUCACAAUCGCAAUGCCAUUUGCUAUACUAAUCCCAGGAUGUUUAAAUGUCAACAUGGCAGGAGUUUCAACUGUCUAUCGAGAUAGAACGAAUAUCUCCCGUGGCUCAGCAUUGACAGGUCACAGGGGCGAUAAACUCAUUUCUCAGUGUAACUUCAACUGUAGCUGCAGAAUAGAUAAGUUCAUACCCGUGUGUGGCUCUGACAAUAUUGUUUAUGCAAAUCCCUGCUAUGCUGGUUGUUCCGCUAAAUACAACAAUAAGACAUUUGGCAGUUGCUCGUGUAUAUUUGCUGGUCCUACCAAUACGGAUACAGCAAUACAAGGUUACUGCGAUCGUGAUUGUAAGAAUCUGGCCAUCUUUCUAUUGGUCAUCGCUGUCACUUCAUUAAUACGGUUUUCGUCCUUUAUUCCAAUGCAAACUGUUGUUCUUAGGUGCGUUCCGGAAGACAAAAGAGCUUUUGCAAUGGGAAUACAAUAUAUUAUGGCGAAGGCAAUUGCAUUAAUUCCAGGUCCAAUAAUCUUUGGUCAUCUAUUGGACCUUUGCUGCCGCUUGUGGCAAGAUCUAUGUGAUCAGAGAGGAAGAUGUUUUGACUACGAUGUUGAUCUUGCUGGAAGAAAUAUUUGUAUCUUUGGAGCAAUAUCAAUGGGUAUAUCGUCAGUGUUCUUUGUGCUUUCGUGGCUCUUAUAUCAUCCUAAAGAAAGUCUCGAUAGCACUGUUAUAGAAAACAAGAAAGCAGAAGGCAAAUCAAGUUGUGAAACUAUAAUGUAG